AUGACUACGGCCAUGGAUCACAGGGAAUGGCGCCGCCUUCAAGCUACUGUCAGUACUCCGUCGCCACUCGGCGCCGUGCAGUACAGAGAGCUAAUCCACUCCCUAGCCACCCCAGUGCAAGCUGCUCCAACUCCAAUCAUGGUGGACACCGAGCAAGGCCAAGCCAUGGCUAUCGUCGCCGCCAGCAGAAGCAGGUGCUACCACCUCAUCACUCCGGCGCAGGCGGCUUGCUAUUGCUACUACCGCGUCGGCGGGCGCUUGGGACCGGCGCCGCGCGUGAUGAAGCCGUACCGCGGUCUGGGCGCGCCGGUACCCUCGAUGACGACGAAGCUGUACCGCGGCGUGCGUCAGCGGCACUGGGGCAAGUGGGUGGCGGAGAUCAGGCUGCCGCGCAACCGGACGCGCCUGUGGCUCGGCACGUACGACACCGCCGAGGAGGCCGCGCUUGCCUACGACGGCGCCGCGUUCCGGCUGCGCGGUGAUGCCGCCCGCCUCAACUUCCCGGAGCUCCGGCUAGGCGGUAGGCACCUCGCGCCGCCGCUCCACCCGACCGUCGACGCCAAGCUCCAAGCCGUGACAUCCGCGCCGGCGACCGCCUCGCCACGACCCGAGAGCCCGGAUAUCAAGAACGAGCAAGGCUGCGGCUCUGGCUCGGAGGCCUCGACGACCACCAUGGCAACGACCGACGGCGCAGGCCUCCCUCCAUCGUCCACCGGGUCGUCGUCGUUGGCCGCUAAGGCGACGCCACUGCCGGAUAUGCAGGAGCUGGACUUCUCGGAGGCGCCGUGGGAUGAGGCUGACGGCGUCGCGCUCUGCAUGUACCCGUCGUUGGAAAUCGACUGGGACGACAUCCUCUCAUGA